AUAAUAAUGAAAAUAAAAAAGAGAACGUAGUGCCAAGCCCUAACCGGAAGCGCGAAGGAAGAAGGCGCCUUCUUCCGCUCAUUAUCUGUCUCUGAUCUUCCAAAGCGCUGUGAACAUUGAUCACAAAGGUAAAAGGAAUUAGGGUUAACGGAUAUGGCAGCCGAGAAGAGAGAAUUAGAGAUCAGCAACAAGACUUCCUAUGCUAACUCCAACAACACCGACCCCGAGCAAAUCAUAGAUUCUUCGCCUCCUUUGGCUUCCGAUGGCAACGAUACUGUUGAUAAGGAGGCUGAAGAACGACAGGCCCGUGACCUCAAAGCCGGUCUUCAUCCCCUGAAGCACAAGUUUGUAUUUUGGUAUACCCGCCGAACACCUGGAGUUCGAAAUCAGACAUCAUACGAAGACAACAUAAAGAGAAUUGUUGAGUUCAGUACGGUUGAAGGUUUUUGGGUUUGCUAUUGCCAUCUAGCUCGCCCUUCCUCCUUGCCAAUUCCAACAGAUUUGCAUCUUUUUAAGGAAGGAAUUCGCCCUCUGUGGGAGGACCCUGCUAAUUGUAAUGGUGGUAAGUGGAUCAUACGAUUCAAAAAGGUUGUCUCAGGCCGUUUUUGGGAGGACUUGGUUCUUGCCUUAGUUGGUGACCAACUCGAUUAUGGAGAUAACAUAUGUGGUGCAGUACUAAGCAUUCGUUUCAAUGAGGAUAUAUUGAGUGUCUGGAACCGCAACGCAUCUGAUCAUCAGGCCGUGAUGGCUCUGAGGGAUUCAAUUAAACGUCACUUAAAGCUUCCCCAUAACUAUGUCAUGGAAUACAAGCCCCAUGAUGCCUCUCUGCGAGACAAUUCAUCCUACAGAAACACCUGGUUGAGAGGAUAGAGCUACCUUAAUUUCACUCUUACAUUGGCUUCUGGGCACCGACACUGACGCAUCAACCAAUGAUCUUGUUAAUUAUUGUCUACCUUGCACUGAUUAUCAUGCUGGGUGUGUCGUGGCUAGUGUUCAGUUUGAAAUCAACAAUAGGACCGUUGUAUUGCAAUAUUUUUGUGUCUUGUCUCUCGGUUAGUUGCAGUGUUUCGUAUCUAGUUUUGGAUGAAGAGCUUCAGUCCGCUGUAAAUAAAGUUGCACACGCUAUUCUUCUAAGGAAAGUGUUAUUUCA